AUGGCAGACCCAGAACACGAGGUCAAACGUCAGAAGAAGCUAUCCAGUCCCGAUGCGAGAACGCAAAAAAAGCAAAGACGUCAACAAAAGAGCCGGCGUAGCAGUACGCUUAUCCGCAAGGCUUAUGACUUAAGCGAGUUGGCGGACGUCGACGUGUUUCUUGGUAUUCGGGAUCGGACUACGGGGCGAAUCAAGACGUUCUGUUCUGAUGAUGAUACUGGGUUUUGGUCCUCAAAAAUGUCGCAUUUAGAUACUUAUUAUCCUGUUCCCGAGCAAAAAACGCCCAAAGAUUUUUCGCCUCGAAAGAAGACCAAAACAGCUACCUCAAAAAAGCACGCACGUCAGAGUUCGUCGCCAGAACUCGGAUCCGUUUCACCAGCCACGUCUUCAGAUAUAGCAAGUCAAGUUAACAAACUGGAUAGUAUCAAGCAAGUUAAUGAAUCAGCUAGCUACAGAAAGCGGUAA